AUGAAAGGCUGUCUUGCCUUAACGACGGCGGUGGGUGCUGCGCAUGCUUCUAGUCUCGUUGAUAUUUGCACCGAUGCCUACAUCAAGGCCGCCUUGCCCGCCGAGGACACCUUUCAGGCUAUCUCCAUGACUUCCAGCUCGGUCUCAACCAAGCUCCAUUCCAACGUGUCCAUCAGCAGCUCCAACUUUUUUCCCGCUGCUACCAUCAGCUACUGCGAUGUCACCUUCAACUACACCCACAUUGGCCGGAAUGAUCGAGUGGCUCUGACCUACUGGAUGCCCGCCCCAGCCGACUUCCAGAAUCGAUUUCUCACCACCGGAGGCGAGGCCUACGAGAUCAACGAGGGUUCCGGCACCUCUGGCUCCUUACCGGGCGGUGUUAUGUACGGGGCAGUCUCCGGUCUUACCGACGGUGGCUUCAAUGGGCAAUCCUUUGACGAUGUCUUCCUUCUCGCCAAUGGCACUGUCGACUGGCAAAACACCUUUAUGUUCGGCUAUCAAGGGAUCCACGAGAUGAUGGAAAUCGGCCGUGAACUCACCCGCAAUCUGUACAACACUGGGGAGAAGAAGGUCCAGCGGUACGGCUUUGACUACGACGGCAUUAUCGUCGGCGCGCCUGCCUUCCGCUUUGCCCAUCAGCAUAUUAACCAUCUUGUGCCCAACGUGGUAACCCAGACGAUGAAUUAUUAUCCGCCCCCUUGUGAGUUGGAGCUGAUUGUCAACGCCACUAUCGCUGCCUGCGAUCCGCUGGAUGGCCGCGCAGAUGGGGUCAUCGCCCGCUCGGACCUGUGCAAACUGCACUUCAAUCUCACCUCCUUGAUUGGCGCCCCUUACUACUGCGCGGCCAGUUCAGGCGGGAGCAGUCUGGGUCUCGGGUUCAGCAAGCGGCAGCCCAUGGGCGCGACCCCGGCACAGAAUGGCACCGUCACUGCAGAGGCAGUACAAUUGGUUCAAACGCUGCUCGCCGGCUUGAAAGACAACCAGGGCCGUCAAGCCUACUUGUACUUCCAACCCGGGGCGGACUUUGACGAUGUUGAAACCACCUACGACACGCAGACCGACGCCUGGGGCCUUUUUAUUGAUAGUAAUGGGGGCGAGUUUGUGGCCCGGUUUCUGAACCUGCAGGACGUGAGCUCGCUGUCUUCUCUCGACAAUAUUACUUAUGACACUAUCCGCGACUGGAUGCAGAUGGGGUGGACCAUUGUCCUCCAGCAGGCUGGAGGCAAGGUCCUGCAUUUUCACGGCGAACACGACCCCAGCGUGCCUACUGCCUCCUCCGUCCAUUAUUACGAGGCGGUCCGCAAGAUUAUGUUCCCUAACGAGACUCUAAACACGAGUGCCGCCGCCCUGGGCGAAUUCUAUCGGCUCUAUCUUGUCCCCGGCAUGGCCCACUGCGGCACCAACAGUGAACAGCCAAACGGACCCUUCCCCCAAACGAACCUGGCCGUCAUGAUCGAUUGGGUUGAGAACGGUGUGGUCCCCGUGACGUUGAACUCAACGGUUCUCCAGGGAUACAAUGAAGGUGAGCACCAACAAAUCUGUGCUUGGCCACUCCGCCCUCUCUGGUCCAACAACGGGACAACUAUGAAUUGUGUGUUCGACCAGGCCUCGUACGACACGUGGAUCUACGAUUUUGACGCCUACAAACUUCCUCUGUACUAA